AGUUAACCGCCACUUUCAGAUAUCGGUGGGACUUUUGCAAUCUGACUAUGUCUGCUUACCAUUCAGAAUUCGUGCCUGCUCCAUCUACUAUAGGAAAUAUGGCUCUGUUACCUUUACGGACGAAAUUCCGGGGGCCCGCACCUAUGAAUCUAGAUUUGGAAAGAGACAUUAUUGAUGAAGCUCUGUAUCUGUUCAAGUCACUCAUAUUUUUUCGUCAGUAUGAACUAAAAAGUGAAGCUGAUCGUGUACUUGUAUACCUAGUUUUAUAUAUUCUGGAGUGCCUGAGAAAAUUACAAAAGUGUCCCAAUAGGACUGUUGGAGCAAAAGAAUUGGGUGCAUUGGCUGUUAGUCGUUUCGACAUACCAGGUGAUCCAGAUUUCCCUAGAGAACUAAACAAUAUGUAUGCUAAGCCAAAGAAUUCUAUGGAAAUAGAAACAAUGCGUGGCUAUCUAACUCAACUGAGACAAGAAUUGGGUGUGCGAUUACUAGAUAAAGUAUAUUGUGACGACAGUGGUCCACCGAGUAAGGUAAAUUUUGCAGGUCUGCACCUAUGUGUUGUUCCAUAUUAAUUUUCUUUCAUUUGAUAUAACACUCACUGAUACCAUUGUACCUAUUGGAUGAUGUGAUGUACUUCUGUUCAAAGCGAAAUGCUCUCUGGAACCUUGUGCACAUUUUUACAAUAGGCAAAGGGCCACACUAUUGUGUGAUGAAGACUAAUGAUACUACCUAACUGCCCAAACCCCAUAGUAGGUGAGACGGAGCGGUGCUCCAGUCUGAGACCUACUGGUUCGAAAUCAAUGAGUUACAAAAUCUGACAUAUUUUUCAUAUUUCAUUUACGAAGGUUUACCUAUUAAUAUUUAGGAACCAAUCUGUUGUUUCAUGAACUCACAAUUAACUCUUGUUGAUAAAUCUAUUCAACCUGCUGUAGUUUUUCAACAGCUUUCGAUCAGUUUGCAACGAUACAUAUUCAGGAGUCAUCUAACAUCAAUUUAACUUAAGUGUAUUGUUCGGUAUUUUUUAGAAACUUCACUUUAAAUUCUGUAUGACUACUUAUUUGUUCCUCUUCAAAAAAUUUGUUACCAUUACUGUUCAGUGGUAACUGUUUUACCUAUCUAGUGUUGUGUUACAGUUUCGUCAGCUAAGAAUAUUGUCCUACCUUAGUUCUGUUCUGAAUAAAGUUUUAAAGUGAAAGCGUUUUGAUUAUGAUCACAAGCAUCAUUGCAUAGCGCCGGAAGCUAAGAAAAUUGAAAACGUAUCAACACUAGAUUAGUAUACGUUGGUAUUCAUCAUGGACUGACAUCACUUGGAGAAACAUUAGAAACCUGAGAACAUUGAACAACUGUUUCGUCCUCAGCAGUGCACACCUACGACCCCACCAAGGGUCGAACUCAGGCCCGCACGUUAUCAUGGAGCCAUUGGGUUGGGAUCCAGUGGUCCAUAUUUCCUACCUCUGUCAGUUCAUGAUAUAGCGCGACCUCCAUCUAAUGCUGUCGUCAUGUUUGACUUGGUUUGCCCAACUGGUCAUGACUUCUCAUUAGGACUUUGGGAAUCACUUCUCGAAGCUAGUCACCAAUGAUCACUAGAUUAAUUCAGUUUCGGCGAUUUAUUGAUUUCAGGUUAGUGCGCACUUCUGAGGAGUCCCACACAAGGACUAAACAGCUGUCCAGUGCUCCAGGUUUCCACUGUAUUUGUAACUGAUUUCAGUCCAUGAUGAAUAUCAAACUUGAAAUCAAUAAAUUCGCACAAACCUUGAAAUUAAAGUAAAUAGUAUUGUCAGCAGGAGUUCAGAUUUAUUGGAGAGAUUGACUAAGUAAAAAUCAUAGCUUGCGAAAUUGCCACAGAAUAAAACAGACCAUUUAUAAACACCGAACAGGAUGCCUAAAAUUUAACAUAAAGUUUUGAGGGAUAUUCCAACUUUCCUACAGCAAGUCCUUAGUUAGUUGGAGGUAAUCGGCAUUAAGCUCGUGCUUGUUGGCACUCGUUAGUAAGGGGUGUAGAACCUCGAAAGAAAUCAAUGACUUCCCCUGUGAGGCCCGAGCCAGCGUCGCCCAGUGUUAUGACCAGCGACGUUACCACUGAGCCAUUCGCAUCUUAGUUGUUUUGGGUUUAAUAGAGCAACAGAGUGGAGAAUGUUGACAUUUGGUAUAAAUUUGUAGGGCCACACCAGCUAGUGCGAUUAUGGCCGUAUAGCUGCCUAAAAUAUGAAGAAUUAAGAGUAAUUAGGGCCUGGUGUAGUAAAAGUGCUAAGAGUUUCUUAUAGAUCAGGGAUGGUUAGGUGACGGUGAACUAUCUAACAGGUUAUUCUGAUGUUGGGAAUCAUUGGUUGGAGACGUUUGAAAGUAUAUUGCAGUGGGAUGAAGGUAUUCAUCACCUUAAAUUAUUCCUUUCUUCAUUUUAAUAUUUCCCGAUUUCCUCUCCUUCUGUACUGUUGUGAAAUGUGACAAUACUUGCAUAUAAAGUUGCGUAGUGUUGUCUCUUUGACGCUUUACUUGCACUACAAUGUUUUCCACGGUCAUUACUUUCGUUGUUUUGUUUAAUGGGUUUCCAACUUUUGGAAAUGUAGAUGAUGCAUUAAAAUCACUAAUGAUCGGAAGUGGGCAGUUUUGUAUGUCUCAUGGAGCUACGGCCCAUUGGUUUAAGCAGAUGAGUCCCAACCGAUGGGUCACGAGUUCAAGUUCCACCCCCACCCAAACCUAGGUUUGGGUAGCUAUCAUUAGUAUCAUUAGCCCUCACACAAUAGACGAGGCUUGUUGUCUACUGCAUGGAUGUGUACAAGUUAACUGAGUACAUUUCGAUUUGUAUGCCUCACAUGUUUAAAUCGGAUGGCGCAAACAAGACUUCCUAAUCCAUGGAUGAAGAUUUUUCGUCAGCCACUUAUUUUAUUUUAUGCACACUGAAGGUUUUAUAACUGAUAAUCUCUGACCUGUCACUGGUUUUACAUAUGCUAGAUGGAUAAUUAACUUGUUAAUCAUUUUAGUCUGUUCCUUGUACUGCAUUUCCAAGCUUUCUUGUUCGUGCACCAUUCGAAAAUCGAUUUAAAAUGGAUCCUUGUAAAUUUAUUUUAUAAUUUCAAUAGUAGCAACAUAUCAUUCCUCAAAAUUUCGUAGUCUAAAUCAAUAAGUAUUUUGUUUUCCAAGCGGUUGGUCUUCACAAUUCUUCAAGAUAUGCAUUGUGUACAAUAAGAAGCAGUGACGUCACAAUUUGAUAUAAAUAAUAUCAGUUAAAGGGAUUAGGUUUUCAGGAGAUUAGCAAAUUGGAUUGUAAAGCUUGCAGAACUGAAUGUUGAUGAAGUCUUUUAUAAUUUUUUUCAAAACUUAAAAAAGACGUUCGGGAUUGUAUUUAAAAGCUCGCAAUAAGUGGAAUGUAUUGUUUGGCAAAUAAAACAAUAUAAAGGUGUCAAUUAUUUGUGUAUUUCAAACUGACUGCUUGAAUCUGACUUAAAAGUCAACCAAAGCUGUCAACAAGCGUACUAAGAGGAUGGAACUUGAAGAUCAAUACAAGGCAGAAUAAGGAUGAAUAAGAAAUAAUCAAAUGCGAAACAAAAAAGGUUUGCAAUUUAAUGGUAAACAAAGGUUUUACGCAUCUUUGGUAUUGUAUUAGAUUUCCUAUAAUUUUACUUAGUUUUAUGUUCCUAGUACCUCACUGGCUUUGAUCAGGUAACAACUCACUAAAAGACAUUUAUAUCGUCUAGUCAAGCAAACAUAAAUAAUAUGGGCGAUCCAGGAUAGUUACAUUUCGGUUCAUAUCGCCGCUCACUUGUCAUCAACAUGGAAGUCAGCAAACUAAAGAAUUAAAAAGUAAUGACAAUGUGUUUUGCAAAUGCUCUAGGGUGUAGUGUAGAUGGAUAUGUGCUAUCAUGGUCGAUUGUUCCAUAUUGCCUGAUUUAGUUCAAAUGUAGACUUUGCGCAGACUUAAUUAUCAUUGCUAUUAUUGUUAUAUACAUAAAUAUCAAGCAGUAACUCAUUUCUCUCAUUUUUAUUUCCAAUCUCAACUUAUUUUAUCGCUCACAACAGUGGUGGCUGUGCUUUGGUAAACGUCGUUUCCUGGACCAAUCGCUAACACCAUUGGGAGUAUUCUAAUGUUUACUCUAUAAUUUAGCUUAUUGGAAUAUUUCUCAGUCCUGCUUUUUUUUAACCAUAUGACUUUUUUGUUUGAUUUUCCAUGUCGGGAACUUCCAUUAUGUAUGCAAAUAAAUAAUUAUAAAACGUGCCUUUUUGUGAUGCUUCGGUGUACCACUCAACAACUAUGUAUUAAUCGGCAAACCAUAAACACCGUGCGCAGGUUCAUUACAUCAUCUGGCUGCAUACACAAGUCGUCUUAGUGAAACCUGAGCCCAUAACCGGCUAAACGUUGAUUACUCAAAGCGCUACAUUGCGGGUCCACUCAAACCUCUACAAACCACAAUGUUCUAGAAGAUUUAUACUACUUUCUUGAAGCCAUAUUCCCUGACCUUAAGGAUUUACAUUUAGGAGAUGCACCGGACCGGUUAGUCACCAGUAUGGUUGCGAAAGACAUCUUGGAGGCAGCUGGUUGGGAUCCUGCCGUGACCCAGAUUUCCAUCCUACCUUCGAUUAUCACCCGGUAUGGAAAAUAACACAUCCAGUCCGUAAUUAUUACGAAUGUCCUGGAAGGAUUUGAGCGCCUAGUUUGACUUAGUCCUUAUGUCUUGAUCCCAGCCUGUUUCAAAAGUUGAAACAAGAUUUUUCUGAACGUCUCGAUAGAUAUGCUACGACUCCUUAAGCCAAAUAAUCGGAUUUUUAUGAAAUACCAAGAUGUAUGUGGUCAUGUGGUACAAACAGUGAUUUCUGUAUGUAAUUCAGACUGAUUAUUUCUGAACAACGAACCAGUGACAGAAAGCGAAACAUUGAGAAAGACCUUGCUGAUUUUCUAAAUAUUUUGGAAUAUAUGAGGACUUUAUUAUGAACAGAUAAAUGAAAACUAAGGUAAAACGGGAGAUUACCGUAGUACUAGUAGCAAAUUGCGCAGGUAAAACCCGGUUGUUAUUUACAAAGGGGAAUAGCUGACGAUAGUAACGCCAGUGUUAUUAAAGAUGCAGGGAAUGAAUGUUUGAGAAAAGGUUUCUCUGUAGGCACAUCUGGCUUCAUGACCUCAAUACCAACUGCUUCGAUUAUGUGAAGGAGUGCGAAGGAACGUACACAGAAGGAGAUUACUGUAGGACUUCGGUCCACGGGCUCGAGCUCCGCUCCACCGGUUAGGGUCUGGGCAGACAGGCAGUAUUACUAGCCCGACUGAUGGCCGCUGACUCGGGUAUUACAA